AUGGACUAUUCUUCAAUUUCACCUGACCCUGCUGAGCCGUCGCCAUGGGGAUCACCACGUGCUGAUAGAAACACGUUUGCCUCUGCCGGCCAGGCUGCUGAUGUUCUUCCCGCACCCUUGCCUCCGCACCUCGAGCCAUCCUAUGAAGAUGGCCACGAAAACGAAACAAGCGUUAGUAGCGGGCAAGCAGGAUUGUCGCCUGCCAAUGUAACAGAGUCGUCUCAAAGCGCCCAGAUUGGCAAAUCUGCGAACACCCAACCAUCUCAGCCUGCCGACAACCAACAGCCUCCCCAGCAGCAGGGGCAGUCUCAAACACCUGCUCGCUAUCAAACCGGGGCUCGGCAAAAUGCUAGGCCCCUUGCGCCAGCUUACAAGCUACAGGCGAAAUUGACGGGGCUGGAAAGGACGGGCAAAAAGGAUCCUAUUCUACGUUUCGAUGUUUAUACCAACAUUCCCAAAUUCCGUACUACCCAAUAUCGAGAUGUUCGUCGCACCCAUUCAGAGUUUGUCAAACUUUCCGAGCACUUGAUAUCCUCGAAUCCUGAAGCUCUUGUGCCGGCUGUGCCUCCCCCGCUCACACCGGCCGGGGCGGGAACCGACGAAGACGAGAUCCGCGUCAAGGCGUCGAUGCAGAGGUGGUUGAAUAAUGUCUUUGGAAAUGAGGUCCUCAUUCACGAUGAGGAGAUUGUACUCUUCGUUGAAAGUGAUUUUGGCUAUAGUCCUGUUGUCAGAAUGAAGCAGCCAGCGACAGGUGUUCGGCGAAAGGUUAUCAAACAAUUUGCGCCGCCGCCAGAUGAUACUCCGGAAUUGCAGAACGCCCGUCCAGUUGUGAAAAGGUUUUAUCUCGGUGCGUUGGACACUAGUCAAAAGGUGGACCGUGUAGUAAAAUCUCGAAGAGGUCUUGGUCUAGCAGAAUCUGAUCUUGGUGUCAAGCUUGGUCAUAUGCAUGUGCAGGAAACACAUACUGGGCUAGGAAAUGCCUAUCGUAAACUUGGGCGCAUCAUUCAAACGACCGGUGACUAUCAUGCGGCUCAGGCUACUGCGGAAGCAACAACACUAGGAGAUCCAUUGGAAUACCACUCCUCGGACGCUUUCAUUGUCAAGGAGACAUUGACAAAUCGUCACAUUCUCCUGCGGGAGCUGCUCCAAGCCCAACAGACAGCGCGAAGCAAGCGCGCAGCCGCGGACCGGCUUAAAGGCAGUACUUCUGUUCGCACAGACAAGGUCGACGAGGCUAUCGCAGCUUUAGAUGAUGCCAUCGGGCAUGAAACUUACCUUACUAAGAAGACACAAAGAGUAACAGCCAACUUGUUACUGGAAACCCGACGUUGGUUCAGCAGAACCUCCGAUGAUGUCCUAGCAAGCCUUCGAGACUACACACUAAGAGAGAUUGAGGCGGAACGUCGAACUUUGGCUUUGCUUGAAAGCGUGCGUGCUGAUGUUCGAGCAAUCGAUUCGACUGGGGGACUGAGUCGUCUUGGACGAGAGUCUCACCCUACAGUGCGGAGAUCGAGUUUGGCAUCUAGUCAAGGGCCGAAAGGUGAUGCGUGGAGCGGUGUUCCUCGUCGCGGUGAUAGCUUGAGCCGGAGCAUCAGUGGAAGCACGGUCGUCGUCCCAGUUCUAGGGGAUGACAGCACGAAUGGUGAUGGCUCUAGCAAAGGACGGGCGCGAGCUCUGAGCGGCGUUAGUUCUAUUGCCGAGGAGGACGACGAUGGCCGACUCGAUGCUAAGAAUGCGGCCAGUCGACUCGCGACGAGCACAUUCUAG